GUGUCCCCGGCGGCGGCGGGGCGAUACUGGGCGGCGGCAGAGGCUGCGCCGCGGCCAUGGCGCUGUCGCUGGGCGAAGGCGGCGGCGGGAGCCGGCUGCGGCGGCAGCUGGAGUCGGGAGGCUUCGCGGCGGGGGAGUACGUGAAGCAGUUGUCGCAGCAGUCAGAUGGGGACCGGGACCUGCAGGAGCACCGGCAGCGCAUCCAAGCGCUGAGUGAGGAGACGGCGCAGAGCCUGAAGCGCAACGUCUACCAAAACUACCGGCAGUUCAUCGAGACGGCGCGGGAGAUAAGCUACCUGGAGAGCGAGAUGUACCAGCUCAGCCACAUCCUCACCGAGCAGAAGGGCAUCAUGGAGGCCGUCACCCAGGCCCUCCUCCUCCAGGCCGAUCGCGACGACCCCGCGCUGGGCGYCCGCCGCGCCGCCGCCGCCGACCCCUUCCUCCCGCUGUCGGCCAAAGAUGCGGCGGCCAACGAGGAGGGGCGGCAGCGCACGCUCACCACCCUCCUGGAGAAGGUGGAGGGCUGCCGCGACCUCCUGCCCGAGAGCCCUGGCAAGUACCUGGUGUACAACGGCGACCUGGUGGAGUACGAUGCCGACCACAUGGCGCAGAUCCAGCGGGUGCACGCCUUCCUCAUGAAUGACUGCCUGCUCGUGGCCACCGCCCUGCCCAACCGCCGCGGCGCCUACCGCUACGAUGCCCUGUACCCCCUCGACGGGCUGGCCGUGGUCAACGUCAAGGACAACCCGCCUAUGAAGGACAUGUUCAAGCUGCUCAUGUUCCCCGAGAGCCGCAUCUUCCAGGCUGAGAACGCCAAGAUCAAGAAGGAGUGGCUGGAGGUGUUGGAGGAGACSAAGCGCAACCGUGUCCUCAGCGAGAAGCGCCGCCUGGAGCAGGAGGCCCUGCCCCGGCCCGCCCCAAUGCCCCCCGAAUCCACCAACCCCUUCGACGAGGAUGAGGACGAGGAGGAGGAGGACGAGCCCUCUGCGGAGGAGGAGGUUGUUGACCUCUCGCUUGAGUGGAUCCAGGAGCUGCCUGAGGACCUGGACGUCUGCAUCGCGCAGCGGGACUUCGAAGGGGCGGUGGACCUGUUGGAUAAACUCAACGARUACCUGGCGGACAAGCCAGUGAGCCAGCCCGUGAAGGAGCUGCGGGCCAAGGUGGAUGAGCGCGUCCGGCAGCUCACCGAUGUUCUGGUGUUUGAGCUGUCCCCAGACCGCUCGCUGCGAGGAGGGCCGCGGGCCACCCGCCGAGCCGUGUCCCAGCUCAUUCGCCUGGGCCAGUCCACCAAGGCUUGCGAGCUCUUCCUGAAGAACCGGGCAGCCGCGGUGCAGACGGCCAUCCGCCAGCUGCGCAUCGAGGGCGCCACGCUGCUCUACAUCCACAAACUCUGCCAUGUCUUCUUCACCAGCCUUCURGAGACGGCCAGGGAGUUUGAGACUGACUUCGCCGGCAACAAUGGGUGCUACUCCGCCUUUGUUGUGUGGGCCCGCUCGUCCAUGAGGAUGUUCGUUGAUGCCUUCAGUAAGCAAGUAUUUGAUAGUAAAGAGAGUCUGUCAACUGCGGCAGAAUGUGUCAAGGUAGCUAAAGAGCACUGCAAGCAGCUGAGUGAGAUUGGGCUGGAUCUCACCUUCAUCAUUCACGCCCUCCUGGUGAAGGAUAUCAAAGGUGCUUUACAGAGCUACAAGGAUAUCAUCAUCGAGGCCACCAAGCACCGCAACUCUGAGGAGAUGUGGAGAAAGAUGAACCUGAUGACUCCAGAGGCACUGGGGAAGCUCAGGGAGGAGAUGAGGAGCUGUGGGGUGGGCAAUUUUGACCAAUACACGGGUGAUAACUGCUGGGUCAACCUUAGUUACACUGUAGUAGCUUUCACCAAGCAGACUAUGGCAUUCUUGGAGGAAGCAUUAAAGCUUUACUUUCCAGAGUUGCAUAUGGUUCUUCUGGAGAGUCUCGUGGAAAUCAUCCUGGUGGCUGUCCAGCAUGUUGAUUACAGCUUGCGGUGUGAACAGGACCCUGAGAAAAAAGCAUUCAUUAGGCAGAACGCCUCUUUCCUGUAUGAAACUGUCCUUCCUGUUGUGGAAAAAAGAUUUGAGGAAGGAGUUGGAAAGCCAGCCAAGCAGCUACAGGAUCUGAGAAAUGCUUCAAGAUUGAUGCGUGUAAAUCCAGAAAGUACCACCUCUGUGGUGUGAAGUGAACCUAACUUCACUGUGAACAGUGGGGAAGCACUUAUUGAAAAUGUUGUAUGUUGAGUACUUUUUUGGGGUUUUUUUGGGUCCCUGAAAAAUGCGGAACUCUUAACUGCAGCCUUCCAGAAGCUAAAGACUUAAAAUCAAUGCCUGCAAGCAUGCAAUGCUUUAUUGGUAAAUGGGGUCUAGGGAAGUGAGAAGGUGGAGGUCACAUGUCCUUGGACAGCAUAUCCUAUAGGAAGGGCUUGCACAGUAUUUGUGACUUGGGAAAAACUGAAAUACAAAAGUUUUGACCAAUUGUUUGUGAAAGUCUUACAUAUACAUACACAGCAUAUGGCAGGAAAAGAUUAAUUCUCAUCAUGUCACUGUAGGAUUCGUUUUUAAGGCAGUGUUCUGGUAGGAGAGGAAGUSCUGAAGCAUUCCCUGGGUGUGGUAUUCAGUGAGGCACAUCCACCAUCCAGAUGUGACUCAGCACUGCAUAUAAAUGACAUGGAUUUGCUCAAUGUGGUUUGUGUGAUAGCAGUGCAGACUUUUCAGUUUCUUUAACAUUGAGAUUAUCUUCACUCAUUUCGGAGGCAGAUUGAAAUGAAAAAUGUUUUUAGUAAAGGUUCUGCUGUUUGGGUAAGAGUUCUGUUUAAUUAAACUGUCCUGUAAGCCUGAAUUAUAGCUGUCUAAAAACAAACCUUCUGCUGUCAGAAACAUUUGUUCCCUUCAAGAGAAGUGACAAUAAAUUGCUUCCCUUCUUCUUUGUGUUCCUUUUCCAUGUUUUCUCAUGGAUUUAAUUGGGGUCACAUCCAUUUGAUGAAAYGUGCCCUGUUCCUUGAGGUGCUGUCACAAAUGCAUUAUGGGCUGUUGUCUACUGGUAGGAAUCAUAGUGAAGAGGCAUAAAUGCUCUUGUGACAUGCAGGGCAGGGAGAGGGUCUGGAGGGACUUUUUGGAAGAAAUGGAAUGCUAGUUUUGCUGUACAGAAGCAGUACCUGUUGAAGAGACUGAGGUUUUUUGUAAGUGAUGUGAACUUUGAAAUAUACACUGUCUCUGCAAGAAUUAUGAUCUUUCCUGUAGAGCAAUAACCAAGAAGAAUUAUCCUUUUUGCAGAAAUCACAAGGAUUUGGUUGGCAAUUCUAAAUUUGAUGAGGAGGUUUAUACAAAUGCUCAUAUGUUGGGAUUGAAUGGUGUUGACUGUCUUGUGCAAUAUAUGUCUGUGCAAAUGAAAUAAGCCAAGUCUUGUGUCAAAGUUGGCUUUGGAAAUCUGUCAGCAUCAACUUCUAAACUUCUUCCCUUUUGGUGCAAACUUUCUUGUUGUGAGAAAGUUAUGUUACAGCUAAGGAACCUUUUGUUAGUCCCUCAAAAAGUGUCCUUAACUGGAAUAAUCAAGUAUCCUAUUCCUGUAGCUCUUUCAGAUUAAAGCUUUUGUUGCUUUUAUCAUGGUAA